CCUCAUCGUUUUGCAACAGGACCAGACCGGAGAUCCUCCAAAUCCCAACAAUCUCCUGGUGUUGGUGAGGAGAUGGCUAAUGUUACAGAAUGCUCCCAUUCUGCGGUAACGAAUUUUAUUCGGGGGGUAAAUGCACAGUUGUGGCGCUCCAAUACGCUCAUGGCUGCCAACGCCGUACUUGUCCUGAUCAUGGUAGCGAUCAGUGCCUCUGGGCGGCACUAUCGUCAAGUUGGAGUGACCCGCUUCGUCUUCCAAGGAGCCACAGUACUGUACCUUCCCAUCAUCUCCUAUGUUGUCUCCUCCAUUGGCAAGUACAACACAAGAGGCCUGGAUAUGUAUUGCUAUGGCGAGUACAACGUAGUCAUGCUCCUAAUUUGGGCAGUUCUUGUUCAAAUUGUUGGAACCAAUACAAGUGCAACUGUCGCUAUUGAUGAUGAUGAUGGUCAGAAGCUCGGCCCCUCAAUCGAGUUACUCGCUCGUGCAGUCUGGACAUCAUAUCUUGUGUUCUACUAUUUACAUCAUCAUUAUUUGAUUAUGCCAUCCAUCACCUUCCACUAUAAAUCCUUCAUCCAACGUCACUACCUUUGGAACUUUCUCAUUGUCUUGUGUGUACUUAGUUUUGCAAAAAUUACGCUCAAGUUCUAUGCAUUUGAGAAAGCAAGAAGAUCUUUCGCUCUUGGUCGGAACUCUCGUCUUGUUGCUGGAUAUAUGGAACAAUUAUUAGGAGAGAACCAUCAAGGAUCUGAAAAUGAGUUGAUUCCACCACUUAUUGUGAUGGGCGAAGAGAAACAGGAAAUUGAGGAAACACCUCAUGGGUAUACUAUCAAGCAGAGGAAGAAUAGCUUGGUCACCAUUAAUAAAGUUUGGCAAAUGGCGGACAACAAUGACAUCCUUCUGGCACGUCGACCAUGGCUUACAAAUUUAUGCCUUUCAUUUGCAUUAUUCAAACUGCUUAAACAUCAGUUUGCAAAGUGCCACCUUGUCGUACUUGGCUCUACCAAGGCGUUCAAUUUUGUUCUAAAUGUACUUCUUAACAAGAGAAAUCCAGAGACGGUAUUCAGAGUCAUUGCAAAUGAGGUAUCCUUUAUACUCGAUUCUUAUUAUUCAUCCCUCCCAACUUCCAACUUUGGGCGAUUGCUGCCAGUUCUUAACAUCAUCGUCUCCCUCUCAAUUAUAACAUGGUGCUUGCUCGCCAUGGCAAAGACAGCAUAUCUAUCUGAUCCAUCUGUGACCCAUCAAAUAUAUUGUGAACCUUCAUGUGUGUUGCCCAUGGAGAACCGGUUCUACUCUAAUUAUAACCAGUUGUACCUCGGCAACAUACUUUUUAACUCAUUGCCCACAUAUUCCCUAUUUGUAGUAGUUAUACUUGCCGAGGCAUGGGACAUCAUAUCCUACUUCUGCUCCAACUGGUUCAAGGUAACCCUGCUUUGUAGCUAUGUAACCCAUGUCUCUUGGCAGCAGUCUCCUUGUAUGCAGAGAUUGCUUGCUCUUGUUCUGCCAUUCAAGAUCAAGUUCAUAAAGAAUUAUUGGACUGAUAAAAUGGGUCAAGCAUCGCUACUAGCACAACCACAGCCAAAAAAAUGUGUCUUUACCCAACCAUUCUUUUACUUCUUUGGUCUGAGGCCGAGGUUACAGCAUGUCAAUGUAUCAUCAGACGUGAAGGCCUCCAUUAUUGACACUUUGAAAAAUAGCAACAAUUGCCUGAGCAAAGGCACCACUGCCCUCCUGAAUAACGGGAUAGGCAAUCAUGUCCUCUGGGCAUGCGAAGAAACAAGACACAUCCCAUGUUAUCCUUGUUUGGCACAUCGCCACCGGCAUCUUCGAGGCCAGGUAUGGAGCUUCAACCGGUUGCUCGGCCGAGAAGAACACCACAAUGCAUUUGUCAAGGUAUUGUGUCUAUCUGAUGGAAUCCACUCCUGAACUAUUGCCACCUGAUAAGGCAUGGUCCAAGAAAUUGUACAAGAUCGUGAGCGAAGAUAUCAAACGUGCUCUCCCCGGUGGCAGCAUGUCGGUAGAAUAUGGCAGCAUGGUAGAACUCCUUGGUGGGGAGUCCAGGCAUGAGGUGGUGAAUAAAGGAGCGAGGCUAGGAAAGCAACUGGUGGAGCUAGUUCAAGAUGAGGAGACAGGGUGGCACAUCUUGGCUAGCUUUUGGUCCGAGUUGAUCUUGUAUGUUGCUCCCUCUCAUAACAUCAAGGCGCAUAAGAAGGCACGUGCCAAUGGUACCGAGCUGGUGACGCUCAUCUGGGCCUUGCUGAGGCAUGCCGAGAUUGACAGGCCAAACACCCAAGCCGUUGUUUAGGGUUAAAAUGGUUUUGUGUUUCCUUUUCAAUGGUUUGUGUGUGCUCCUAGCUACAAGUGGGUGUGAUUUGCUUUGUGCUUAUUUAAUGUGUAUGGCGGGUCAGCCUGGAUGACUAACUCUAAGAUCGGACAUUUCUUUCGUUCAUAAGUAUUUUUGUUAUUAGUGUGCUCUUGAUGUACGUGUGAUUUGCUUUGUGUUUUGGUCUUAUUUGCAUCUGCCAUGUACUGUUAAGUGAUUAUUACU